GCCAGCAUUGCCCCAAGAACCGAUACUAGAGAUGCCCUGCCUGUAUCAACUACCUGUUAGUCAGUAGCUCUCGUCUUAGCCGUAGUGAAGCUGGCCAUCGACAUCCCUCUUGGACUCGUUGCCCUCGUUUCUGACCUGUUGGCGCGAUUGCAAUACACGGGUGGUUCGCAAUGGCGGCACAUAGUAGAGAUGGGGACGACACAGCUAUUGAGCUCACAGAGCGAGGGGAGAACAAGCAUGGCAAGCCUGACUCGCAGCAGGCGGGUGAUAGCCAGUCAGCGUCUUCUCAGGAGGAGAAAGCAGAGAUAGAGUACGCUCAGGGGUUGUCGUUAGCUGCCAUUUGCCUUGGCCUGAUGCUCGUCGUCUUCUGCAUCGGCCUGGAUCGCUCUAUUCUGUCAACGGCUAUACCUAAGAUCGUCAAUGAGUUUAACUCCUUGUCGGACAUCGGCUGGUACGGCUCUGCGUACCUGCUUACCUCGUGCUGCUUCCAGCUCACAUUUGGGAAGCUGUACGCUGAAUUCAACACGAAAUGGGUGUUCAUGGUAAGCCUCGUCAUCUUCGAGGUCGGAUCCGUGGUCUGCGCCGCGGCGUCGAGUUCCGUCAUCCUCAUCGUAGGGAGGGCUCUCGCCGGCGUUGGUGUCGGUGGGCUGUUUAGCGGAGCUUUAAUCAUUCUCGCAGAGGUUGUCCCGCAACCGAAGCGUCCUAUGUAUACCGGAUUGAUUGGGAGCAUGUCCGGUAUUGCUAUGACGGUCGCCCCAACCAUGAGCGGUGCGAUGACAGAUAGGCUCACCUGGCGCUGGUGCUUUUGGAUCAAUCUCCCCAUCGGCGGCGUGACCCUAGCUACCAUCUUCUUCUUCUUUCGUACACGCACGCGAACCGAGCCUGCCCCCCCGCUGACCGUGCUCGGAUUGCUGAAGAGAAUUGAUGCGCUCGGCACCGUAAUGGUCGUAGCCGCCACUGUCUGCUUCCUUCUGGCCCUAGAGUGGGGAGGAAGCGCGUAUCCUUGGAGCGACUGGCGCGUUAUCUUGUGUCUCUGCGUAUUCGGGGUCGUGGGCCUCGCGUGGCUCUACUAUCAGUAUACGAUGGGAGAGAAGGCAAUGGUUCCCUUCCGCAUCUUGGCCCAGCGCUCUAUCGCUGGCAGCAACUUCUUUUCUUCCACAGGCUUCUCAAGCUUUUACAUCUUCAUCUACUGGAUUCCGAUCUGGUUUCAGGCGGUCAAGGAUGUCUCUGCCGAACAGUCCGGCGUUUGGUUCCUAGCCGCAACUGCAUCUUACUUCGUUUUCAUCAUCGUUGGGGGUGGUUUGAUCACCAAGAUCGGGUACUAUGUUCCCUUCAUGUUCCUCUCCUCCAUCAUGACCUCCAUCGGCAUGGGUCUUGCGUUUACCUUCAACCAAGGCAUAAGCACAGGAAUCUGGGUUGGAGCCCUCAUUCUCGUUGGAGCCGGUACUGGUAUCGGCGGUCAGACUCCAAUCGUCACGGCCCAGACCGUUUUGAAGGGGAAGGACAUUGCCAUCGGAACCUCUGUGGUCAUAUUCGUGCAGACUUUAGCCGGUGCUAUGUUCCUCUCCAUCUGCAACAACAUCUUCACCCAGCGUCUUAUUGCUGAGCUCGCUGGCCGAGUGCCUGAAGUGGACCCUGCGGUGGUUAUCGCGAGCGGCGCAUCCGGAGUAAGAGCGGCAAUGGCUCGCGCAUACCCCGAAUUUGUAGAGGGGAUCAUGUCUGCGUAUAAUGCCGCCCUGCAGAGGGUAUUUCUCGUUGGCCUCAUCCUUUGCUGCUUGUCAGUCCUCGGGGGCGCAGCCAUGGAAUGGGUUGACGUGCGGGUAGUUAAGAAAGACGAGGCCCAAGCCGAGGGAGUUGUGAAAAAGUGAGAACGUUGCCGACGUAUCUAAGAAGAAUAACAUUCGCCAGAUGUUAACCCGAGUCUCCCUGUGGUUUCUGUGCUAGAUUCCAUCGAUGUUAUGAGCUUCUUUCGGCCUCUGCCCAUUGCGGCAUGCUGAUCUUUCGUUAUUGGAUAUACACAAAUCAAUCAAGAAACAUCUUUGGAGGGAUCUUGAGGCGAAAAAUUACUCGAACC